AUGUCUUACUUUACAAUUGUGGCACUCAUGGUUUUUCUGGCUAUUGCUGUGGGUACCAGUCUGGGGGAUCCAGGAGUGCCUCCGCGAUGUCAGUGCAUCAAGAAGGAGAGCAGGCCCAUCGGACGUCAUAUAGAGAAGGUGGAGGUGAUCCCCGCCAGCUCUGACUGCUCAGAAACUGAGAUUAUUGCCACUCUUAAAAAAGAUGGGAGAAAGACCUGUCUGGACCCUGAAGCUCCGUGGGUCCAAAGAGUGCUCCAGAAAUUGUUUAAACGCACACGUUGAAGAAUAACGGACCGGGACACGUUUUUGUUUACAUUGAAGCUUAAAGUGGACACAUAAAGCACAAAGAGCUUGUUCUGUAUCGCAGGAAGGAUUCAUGUGGCAGCGGUUGUGCCUAUAAAUCUUCAAUACAACAACGAGUGCGGACACAAACAAGACUUUAUCUGAAGAGCGUUACACCU